AUGGCCCGUCCCAAUUUUAUUGAGCUGCCCCCCGAAAACCCUCGCUCGGCCAGCGCGCUGUCACGAAAUGCACUGUCCCCCCGGAUCCAACACUUCGACGGCGAUGUCCCCCCGGCACUGUCACCGCUGGACGCCAUUGCUGCCCGCAGUCGCAAAUUGGCCAAAGAGUUGGAGGAAACGAGGAAAGCGGGCGAGCGACGCAUGAGCAGACUCCCGCCGCAAGUGGUGACGGAAUCCCUCACCGAACAUCAAAACAAUCGUCCUCCGAUAUUUCGAGCCUUGUCGGACAAUCUUGACACGGUCCCUCCUCUGCCAACAUGGGACAAGGAACGCGGCGGUAGUUUCGCUCGGGUUGCUCAUCCUCUGAGCAGGCCUUCCUCCCAACGUGUUCACGUGAGUGACAUUGUCAAGUCGGAGGUGGACUCAGAAAGCAAAGAGCCCCCUCCGAUGCAGGAUUACUUUGGCGCCCCUCGAGUGGAAUCUCCUCCGCCCAUGGAACCCAAGAGACCGUCGUCGUCGUCUCACAGCGUGGGCAGUCCUUCUCUGCAUCCUCAACCCGGGCUUUCGAGACAAGUCUCGGGCACCUCUCAAUCAGACUUCAGCGCGACACUGGCGCCUCCACGAUCGUUCUCGAACAGACUUCGACCGUACCACGAUGCUUCAGACGACGACUAUACCAGUUCCAAUGCCGGUUCGACCUUUUCGCAGUCGAGGAAGCUUUCGUCCAGCAGCGGCGUCUCUGCUCCCCAUUCUCCGAUUUCCCCCUACGCACAGUCUCAUACCCGAUCACCCUCCAACACUUCGCUCGGAUCUCCCACCCACAAGAUCCCGACACGGAAUUUCUCCCGACCUCUGAGUUCGGUCAGCAUGAGCAAUCUCAAGGACAACAAAAGCCCGACCAAGGCCACAUUUGCAAACCGGAUGAGCCAGCUUCGCGCUUCGAAUUCCUUUGACAGUUCUGCAUCACCGAUCGAUGGCUAUCUCGCGGGAGAAGCAUCUUCAUACACACACGCGACCUACAGCCUCCCCCGAGGCCGACUGGUCUCUGAUCGGACAUCUGGGCUCUUCUUGGGCCUCUCCACACCACAUUUUGAGUGGCAAGAACCGAUGUUCCCAUGUACGCCUCCUUUGGAAGCGAAAAAUAGCACUGAGCUGCCCAUCCCGUCUCCCAUCGCUUCGGCUCGGCCCAGCAGAGAAGACCAACACCAUCCCAGGUCGGGCCCGUCUUUUGAACUCAACACUGAGCACCUUCCGACCACCACAGACCGUGCCACCCAUCCAACAGCACAUUACACGCCAACAGGGUCUCUCAGAUCCAAUGACUCUUCUAGCUCAAGACCUUCAGUUGGCCAGAUAUAUCCUCCCGCCUCUGCAUUCAUGGCGCCCCCUGUGCCGUUGUCACCUGUGGAAGAGGCAUCACACUCCUCGCGGUCGACGAGCACAGUUCGCCCAACCACGAGCCGGUCGACCAGCAAUUACCAAGGCCUCUCCAUGGACGAGCACGUCACCAAGGCCAUUGAGCUCCAUCAACAAGGUGAAUUGAAAGAAUCGACCUAUCAUCUGCGCAUCGCGGCCAACAAGGGACAUCCCACCGGAAUGCUCCUGUACGCCCUUGCGUGCCGUCACGGGUGGGGCAUGCGAGCCAAUCCGCGAGAAGGCGUCCAGUGGCUUCGCAAGGCGGUCGACCACGCCAUGCUCGAGAUUGCGGACGACGAAGACCCUGCGAGCCAGAGGCCUGGUGUUGAUUUCAAUGAGAGGAAGGCACAUCGGGCUCAGUUUGCGCUGAGCAUCUACGAACUCGGGGUGUCGCAUCUCAACGGCUGGGGUAUCGAGCAAGACAAGGCGCUCGCUCUCCGCUGCUUUGAGAUCGCCGGUAACUGGGGUGACACCGAUGCUUUGACCGAAGCUGGCUUUUGCUAUGCAGAAGGCAUUGGAUGCAAGAAAGACCUGAAGAAGGCGGCCAAGUUUUACCGGAGGGCUGAGGCCAAGGGUGUCAGUAUGGUGGGGAAUAGCUGGAUCUAUAAGGACAAAUACAACGACUCGGAGGACGAGACCGAGGAUCGAUCGCGGUCCUCCCGAAAGACGUCGGGCGAGAAGCUACGCAGCAAGUCCAAAUCUCGCGGGAUCUUUGGACGCAAGACAGCUUCGGGGAUCUCGACCACCAACCACAGGAUGAUCAGUCACAGUCACCCUCCUCAGCCCCUGGUGAAGAAUGGUCACGAAGAGUCCCGGGUCCCACAGACGAUGGACAUGGAAACAGGAACGGGCACAGAAAUGAUGGGAAGACCUGUCCGGUCCUCGGUCCUCUCGCCACAGCAGAUGCCCGCCCUGCUGGCCCGGCUCGAGACUCUCCUGCCUUUCUCCAUUCCGCUGCUGCGACGCAUCCAGUUCCACCUGCAUAGUCACCAGCCCGUGUCGGCGUCGGCGAGGGUGUUUGUCGCUGUUGCUGGUACCUCUAGUGAUGAUGAUGGUGGUGACGAUACAGCGUAUGUGGAUCGCUGGCUAAGAGGGUCUUCUUCGAGAGCACAGGAUGAGAAGAUGCCGAUCGGGAAAGAAGGAGAAGAAUUACCGCCAGCAGAGCUCGAAGAGUCACAGCAGCCCUGGAUCGCUGCAUACAUCGACUUGGCAAACCCAGGCCAAUGCCAGGUGUGGAUGUUCGCCAGCUGGGAGGCCGAUGCACGGUAUCCAUUCCCGUCGUCCUUAGCAGCAGGCUCAAGCACAGCUUCAGAUUCGACAUCGCAGUCCCCAUCGUCAUCUUCAUCACCUGACUCUCUUCCUCCCUCUUCUUCUGCUGCUACUACUACACCCGCCAUCCACGGCGCCCUCAUGCAUGCACUCUUUACAUACAUCCGGACACACCUGGUGCCGCUACUCCCGACCUCCCCCCCACCCUCAUGGCUCGAGCUGCUGCGCACGGGCAAGUACCUGACGACGCCGUACUCGCGCAACAAGGUGCUGUUCGGCACCGUUAGCGAGAAGCUGUGGCGGUAUUUCCCGCUCGACGCCCGGGCCCGGACCGACGACGGGUAUUGGAAGUAUUUGUUCCGGGUUGGCCAGCAGCAGGAGGAGGAGGAGGGAGGAUCACUAUCGUCGAUGUCAAAUUCAAUAUCAAAGUUAACCCUAUUGACAGACCUCCCACCCAUUCUCCCAUCCUCCCCCUCAACCACCUCUACCACCCACCUCCCACCGGGUUACCAAUUCGGCCCCCUCCGCGCCUCGCAUCUGCAGACGGUGGUGGACCGUACGCCUGUGCCGCGUACGCUGGAUACGCUUCGCGAGUUCGUGUCGGUGGGCGUGUUCCACCACCAUGGGCACGGCGGAAACGACAACGGGUCUGAACACCAGCAGCAGCAGCCCGACCGCGACCACGCUGCCGCCGCCGCCAUCGGGUGGGGCUUUCUGGGCAAGGACGCCAGUCUGUCUAGCCUGCACACCGAGCCCGAGCACCGCGGCAAGGGCCUGGCCGUGACCUUGGGUCGCGAGCUCUUGCGCCGUCAGCAUGUGGUGUCGCCGUCUAAGGCGGCGGCAAAGGUUGAGGUAGAAGGGCAGGCGGAAAAGGAAAUGCCUAAGGAUGGGUAUGGCAGAAAUGGACAGGUAUAUCGUGAAAAUGCAUUGAACACUACCACCACUAGUACCACCCCUCGGGGCUAUUACACCUGGGCGCACGCCGACGUGUCCCAAUCCAACACGGCGAGCCGGCGGGUGAUGGAGAAGCUAGGCGGCAAGCCCCUGUGGAUGGUCAUGUGGACCGAGGUGGACAUUGAAAAGGUCCUGUCAUCGUCAUCGUCGUCACCGUCGCCGUCGUCGUGA